AUGCGCUUCUUUCAGCUCGCCCUCGCCUCGUUGGCUUCCCUCGCGGCAGCCACUUCAUCCUUCGACACUUGGGCUCACGGCCGGAUUGCCCUACAAGACGUCAGCAUUCACUUCAGAUAUGCAGGCUCAGGACCGCCCCUUCUUCUCGUCCACGGAAAUCCCCAACAUAGCCUUACAUGGCAAUUUAUCGGUCCCAUUCUCGCUCAGAACUACACUGUCAUUGCCCCCGAUAACCGAGGCGCUGGUGAUUCGAGCGUUCCUCCCGAUGGGAACUACACUGCCGCUGCAUCGGCAGAAGAUCUCAAAGGCGUACUGGAUUUUCUGAACAUUACCUCGGCGUAUGUGUUUGCGCAUGAUAAGGGCGUUGGAAUGGCAACUGCACUGGCUAUCAAGUAUCCAGAUCUUGUCAAGAGACUUGCUCUGGCUGAAUAUGUUCUUCCAGGCUUCACCUACGAACAAUCCUCAAACCCAGCGCCGUUCUGGGAUCUGUAUCAGAACUGGCAGUUGGCAUUCUUUCAGGUGCCCGAUUUAGCCGAAUUUCUCAUGUCGGGCAAGGAAAAGCAAUUCUUGCAAUGGUACUUCUACCAUGGGAGCUAUUCUGGCGUCGAAAGCUUUAGCGAAGAAACAGUCAACAGAUACACGAGCAGUAUCUCGAAGCCAGGAUUUCUAAGAGCUAUGCUUGGACCGUUCUCAAGUUCGACAGUUUAUCAGGACGGAAACUUCUUCAAAGCCGCGCUGAACGACAGUCGUCUGAGCGUGCCGCUGCUUGGUAUGGGUGGCGAGGCAAGUCUGGGAUUGAAAUCGGUUCUGCAACAGACCUUCGAGCCAGUUUCAUCUGAUCUCGAAAUCGAUGUCAUUCCAAAGGCCGGGCACUGGGUUGCGGAUGAGAACCCUCGAUGGACUGCGAAGAGAGUAGCCAAGUUCUUUGGUGAAGACGAUGAUAGCCUGUCAAAGGUCGACUUGGGUUACUUGGAUGAUUUGGUUACACUAGACGUCGGCUUUUACGGUACGAGGAGAAACUUUGCGCUGGGUACUCAGUAA